CUCUCCUUGCCGGGACGGAUCCGCGGGGGCGUCUCUCCGGGCUGAGCCAGGAAGGGUUUAAAGUUUGGGAAGUCGAGUCACCGGCUCAGACCCCGCUCGCCGGACCCGCCGCCAGCGAUGGAGAUUUGGGGGGGCCUCGCCAUGGUGCUGCUCGUGCUUCUGGGGGGCGCCUGGGGCGAGCCGGCCGGAGGUACCUCCUGCCCGGGGGGCCAGUCCUGGAGCCCCGACCUGGACAAGUGCAUGGAUUGCACCAUCUGCCUCCGACGCACCAAGAACGAUUUCUGCGCCACGUGUGGUGAGCCCCAGUCCCAGGACGCCCGGCUGUGGCUGGCCGUGGGGGGCACUGUGGGGGGAGUCGCUGUGCUUGGCCUGGUGGGGGGGGCCCUGCUAUGGGCCCGCUGCCGCAAGAGGGAGAAAUUCACCACCCCCAUAGAAGAGACUGGAGGCCACUCGGGCGAAGAGUCACUCAUAGAUUGAUGGUGACGCAUCCGGUCUGGGCACCCACGGGGCAGAAUUGGAGCCGUUAACUCUUGGGUCACUGCAGGGAUCCCCUCAGCAGCCUUUGACCGACAUCCCCCCGCAAACCCUGAUUUUCACCGCACCCCAGAAAGGACUCUUGGAAUUGGGAGGGGAUGUUCUAUUUUGCACAGCUCUGAUGGGGCUUCUGGAGACCCCCAAAUUUUCCCCUCACACAUCGCGUUGCUAGCAAAUAUUGGGGGGUGUCCACUUGAAAUACUGCCCGCCCCAGCCCUUGAGAUGGGGGGCUGGAGGUUUCCCCAUUAAUGCCCCAUAUUGGGGCCUCUCCGGAAUCAUGGAAAAUUUGCACUUCCCUGACUUAGGAAGGAGGGAUCUGCCUCAGAUUACAGGGGAUCCUCCCUGAGACCCCAAAGCUCACAUCUUGGGCGUUCCCUGUCAAGCAAACUGGGGUCCCUUUGAAAUUUAGUGGACCUCUGUGACCCCAAACCUCAGAUCUUGGGCUGCUAUAUAGGAAUCUGGGGUCCCUUUGGGAGCAUGCCAGUGUGAGAUUUGGGGUGCCUUUAAAUCUUGGGUAGAACUGCCCCCCUAGAUCAGUGCCCCCCAAAAUCAGACACUCUAUUCCAGGCCCCUGGCCCUGUAAAGUAACUCUAAGGAACAUUUUAACCUCGGGGUGGGGGGGUCAACCAAAGGUACCUCAAAACCUGUGUGUGUGUGUGUGUGUGUGUGUGUGUGUGUGUGUGUGUGUAAACCCAAAGGGGUCAGUAUUGCUGGGAGGGGCAUUUUUCCUCUCCAGGCUAUUACCCCUGCCCCCCCAGUGAGUCGUCCCCCCCCCCCCACGUCCCCCUUUUCCCCAACCCCGCAAAUACCAGUUUGUGCCCUGGAAUGCGAGUGAAUUCUCUGUAUAUAGGGACAGUGUAAAUGUGUCUGAGAAAAGUUUAAAUUCUCAAAGCAGGGUGGGGGCUGGGAGCCAGGACGCCUGGGUUCUCUCCCCAGCUCCGGGAGGCGGGGCAGGGCUGUAUCCCAGGGGUGGGGUCCUUUUCUAGCUCGGAAUAAGUCACCUGCUGUCUUCCAGGAGCCGCUCCGCCGGUGGCAGGGCCACCGAAGUGACAGGGUUUGGAGCUGCUAUUUCUGUGGCAUCCACCUAAAUUCCCAGCCCCCCCCCCAGUCCCCAUGUGUCUAUUUAUGUCGUUCACGCUAACAGCGUUUAACCUGCGGCUCUAGUAAGAAACUGGCUGGCGCCGAAGGAAUCAAACUUUGUGGUUUCAAGAGAAUUACAAUAAAAUCCUAAUUUUUAAAUUGAACGUUGAGCUUGGAGAUGGAGCCGAGCCGGUGCCCCCUAGAGGGGAAACAGCCCACGUCCCCUCUCCCAGCUCUCUGGGGGGUCUCUCCUGGGGGCAGGGGGUGGGGGCUUUGUCUCUUCCCUUUCAU